AUGCGCCUUGUGACACAUGCAGGGAUCCUGGCCCUGGAGUGCAAGGACGGAGACGCAUGGAGGGUGGGAAAUUCCUGCAACUUCUAUUUCCUCUGCCAUCACAACGCCGCCUACGUCACAGCCUGCCCCCAACACACGUACUUCCACGCCGACAUCAAGUCUUGCUCUCACAAUCUGCCGCCAGAGGAGGAAUGCCAACCCAUCGUCAAAGGAGAGAAGCAAGAGGAGGAAGGGGCAGAAUCUGAGAUGACAUCUGAAGGGACAUCCGAACCACCCCCGACGCCAUCAGACUGGUUUGAAUGCCCCGAAUUGAAUGGACUGUUCUCCCAUCCGUACAAUUGCUCCGGGUACUUCCAAUGCUCCAACGGCUUGGCCUACGAAUUCCAUUGCGAAGGCGGGCUUCACUUCGAUCCUGCGACUGAAGAGUGUAACUGGCCAGACGAGCUCGAAGACCCCUGCGUUCCAUCAACUACUGUUGAUAAUCGUCACCUUCCACAGGAUCAUCGUCACCCUCCAGUUGAUAAUCGUCACCUUCCACAGGAUCAUCGUCACCCUCCAGUUGAUAAUCGUCACCUUCCACAGGAUCAUCGUCACCCUCCAGUUGAUAAUCGUCACCUUCCACAGGAUCAUCGUCGUUCUCCUGUUGAUAAACGCCACCUUCCACAGGAUCAUCGUCCCCCUCCCCUUCUCCAGCACGAGGGCGAGGUCGCCAAGUGUUCCGGGAAGAACUGCGCCGAGACGGAGGCGGAAGUGAAGGUGGAUCGCGUGCAUCAUCCACUUCCCUUCGCUCUUCAUCUUCUGGUGAGGCUUCGGCCACUCCUCGUUUCUUGA